GAGUAUAGAGGUGAAGAAACACAGCCCCACAUGCCUGUUCUUCCACCAAUCUUCGCCCUUAUUCCAUUUGUAAGGCAGCCAAAAAGGGGAGUUUCAAAAUUUAACGCAGUUCUUCUGAUUCUCUGUAAGAAUUGUGUUUUAAAAACCUCAAAUCCCAAAACCCAGGUGCCGGAAAACGGAUUCAUUAUGAAAUUGGGUAGAGAAGCUAAAGGGAUUUCAUCCACGGAUUUGUUGGUUUGUUUUCCUUCUCGAUCGCGUUUGGCUUUAAUGCCAAAUCCGCUUUGUAGUCCAGUGAGGGGUUCUGAUUCCAGUAAGCUGCGUCGUAGCCGCCGGAGUUACCAUCACCGACGGAGGAAAUCGGCGGAGAGUCCGGUGGUAUGGGCGAAAGCGAAGACGGUGGGGUCGGAGAUGUCGGAGCCGUCGUCGCCGAAAGUGACAUGUGCAGGGCAGGUUAAGAUGAGGCGGAAGAACAGGGAGAGGUGGCAGUCGGUGAUGGAGGAGAUAGAGAGGAUUCACAAUCGGAGGAAAUUACGGCGGCGGAGGAGGGUUAAUUGGGUGGAAUCUUUAGGGUUUAAGAAAGAUAUAAUGCAAUUGUUAACGUGUUUACGCAGUCUCCGGUUUGAUUUUAGGUGUUUCAGAGCUUUCUCAGAAGCAGAUUUCACGACUGAAGAAGAUGAAGACGAAGAAGAAGAAGAAGAAUCUGAAAGCUCCAGAGCUGCAUUUUCUAAAUGGUUUAUGGUUUUACAGGAGAAUAGGAUGAUGAAUGGGUGUACUGUUGAUGAUGAUGCUCCGGUUGCGCCGCCCAAGAACGCGCUCUUGCUAAUGCGUUGCAGGUCUGCUCCGGCGAAGAGCUGGGUGGAAGAGACGGUGAAGAAGAAGAAGAAGAAGAGCUUGAAAUGGUUAAUGGAGGAAGAGAACAGGGAGAGAUUGGGUAUGGAGAAGGGGACUGAAAUCAGCGGAACGUCGCCGUAUUGGCUUCCAAGGAGUCGAAGUUGGAAAGUGUGAAGAAAACUGGAUUUUUGUUUAAUUUGUUUGAGAGUAUUAUUGGUGGGUUUUUGGUUGUGUUGUUCAUACAGUUGUUGUUAUAUUAUUGUAAUAAUGUAAUUAUGUAAGGGUUUUUAUUUGUAUUUUUCCUGUUUUUGUUUAUAAAAAGGGAAUGUGUUGAUCAUA